CACCCCUUCCCUCUUAUCUCCUGCUUCUCUAUAUCUCUUCCUCCCACUUUCCCUUAGGGUUCAAAGUUCAAACCCUCCCCAGUUUUAACCUUUACUUCUCUAUUGCUUCUUCAAUCACUAAGCUUGCAUAGAAAUGGCAUCUUCCGCCGCCCAAAUUCACGUUCUCGGCGGAGUUGGAUUCGCUAAUUCUUCUUCCAAGAGAAAUCUCAAUGGUAAAGGUGGUACCUUUAUGCCGAGAAGUGCCUUCUUCGGUACAAGAACUGGUCCUUUCUCCACACCCACUUCUGCUUUCCUCAGAAUGGGCACUAGAAAUGGCGGCGGAACUUCUAGGUACGCGGUAGGUCCGGUGCGUGUGGUUAACGAGAAGGUUGUUGGUAUCGAUUUGGGUACGACUAACUCCGCCGUUGCUGCUAUGGAAGGAGGUAAGCCUACGAUUGUGACUAACGCUGAAGGUCAGAGGACUACGCCGUCUGUGGUGGCUUACACGAAGAGCGGUGACAGGCUUGUUGGGCAGAUUGCGAAGAGGCAAGCUGUUGUUAAUCCGGAGAAUACUUUCUUCUCUGUGAAGAGGUUUAUUGGUAGGAAGAUGAAUGAGGUCGAUGAGGAGUCUAAGCAGGUUUCUUACAGAGUUGUCAGGGAUGAGAACGGGAAUGUUAAGCUCGAGUGUCCUGCUAUUAACAAACAAUUUGCUGCAGAGGAGAUUUCAGCUCAGGUUUUGAGGAAACUUGUGGAUGAUGCCUCAAGAUUCUUGAACGACAAAGUAACCAAGGCUGUCAUCACUGUGCCUGCUUACUUCAACGACUCACAGAGGACAGCAACAAAAGAUGCUGGUCGAAUUGCUGGUUUGGAAGUUCUUCGUAUUAUCAACGAGCCCACAGCUGCUUCAUUGGCUUAUGGGUUUGACAGAAAAAGCAAUGAAACAAUCCUAGUCUUUGAUCUUGGUGGUGGUACCUUUGAUGUUUCAGUACUUGAGGUUGGUGAUGGUGUGUUUGAAGUGCUUUCCACUUCUGGCGACACACAUUUGGGUGGUGAUGACUUUGACAAGAGAGUUGUUGAUUGGCUUGCUGCAGAAUUCAAGAAAGAUGAAGGGAUAGAUCUUCUGAAAGACAAGCAAGCUCUUCAGAGGUUAACAGAGGCAGCAGAAAAAGCUAAAAUCGAGCUUUCCUCGCUGACUCAGACAAAUAUGAGCUUGCCAUUUAUCACGGCCACAGCUGAUGGACCCAAACACAUAGAAACUACUCUCACACGUGCCAAGUUUGAAGAAUUAUGUUCAGAUUUGCUGGACAGGGUCAGGACUCCCGUCGAGAAUUCCCUAAGGGAUGCAAAGCUAAGCUUCAAAGAUAUUGAUGAAGUUAUCCUUGUCGGUGGAUCCACACGUAUUCCUGCUGUUCAGGAGCUUGUAAGGAAGGUGACUGGGAAAGAACCUAAUGUUACAGUAAAUCCUGAUGAGGUUGUAGCCUUAGGUGCUGCAGUCCAGGCUGGUGUUCUCGCUGGAGAUGUGAGUGACAUUGUGCUUCUUGAUGUGACACCACUUUCUAUUGGUUUGGAGACCCUGGGAGGUGUUAUGACCAAGAUCAUUCCGAGGAACACUACACUACCUACUUCAAAAUCAGAAGUCUUUUCGACUGCUGCUGAUGGGCAGACAAGUGUUGAGAUUAAUGUGCUGCAGGGUGAGAGGGAGUUUGUUAGGGAUAACAAGUCUCUUGGCAGCUUCCGUCUAGAUGGUAUUCCACCUGCACCACGUGGAGUUCCACAAAUUGAAGUCAAAUUUGACAUUGAUGCCAAUGGAAUUCUAUCCGUCAGUGCUGUUGACAAAGGUACCGGCAAGAAACAAGACAUCACCAUUACUGGUGCCAGUACAUUGCCCAAGGAUGAGGUAGACCAAAUGGUCCAGGAAGCAGAAAGAUUUGCAAAGGAUGACAAGGAGAAGAGAGAUGCAAUCGACACGAAGAACCAAGCAGAUUCAGUGGUGUACCAGACGGAGAAGCAACUAAAAGAACUUGGUGAGAAAAUUCCAGGUGACGUGAAAGAGAAGGUGGAGGCUAAGCUACAAGAGCUGAAAGACAAGAUAGGAAGCGGAUCAACGCAAGAAAUAAAAGACACCAUGGCAGCUCUUAACCAAGAAGUGAUGCAGAUUGGUCAGUCUCUAUACAACCAGCCUGGAGCUGGAGCCCCAGGUGCUGGUGCUCCCCCAGGUGGUGAAGGUGCUUCAUCAGGAGAUUCAUCUUCAAGUAAAGGUGGAGAUGGUGAAGAUGUGAUCGAUGCUGACUUCACAGACAGCAAAUGAGAAAGCAAACUAGGACGGGUUUAAUAUUCAUACAUGCGGAUGCAGUGGGACACAUUGGUUUUGUAGGUUUGGAUUUGAGAACACACAUGAAUUAAGAAAUGCUUGUGAACAAGGUUGAUUUACCCAUAAAAGGAAGCAGUGUGUGUGUGUGGUUGGUUACAGAGGGUGGUGUUUUUUCAAUACACAAUAAAAUGCAAGCCUUAUCGUA